UGUCCAUUCGAUAUUAUUUAAUAAAUAUUACUAGUACACUCUAGUACUCAGCAUGAUGACUAGACUACACCGUGCAGUCGUACCAGUAUAAUGGUCGUCCACCCGUACAGCUUUACUACGAAGCUCCAAGCCAAUCAUAAUUUCAAGCCGCGCAGUGAACAUGACAGCGUAGAAGCCCCAUCUCGACAGUCCUCUCGACCAUCCUUAAAACUUAAAACGGUAUGCUGCGAACCUCUCCAAAGGCUCCCUUAGAAGUGUUGAGAUAAUCGCAACCACAUACCUGGUACCAACAACAACCUACAAUCUGACCCAGCAAGGCAGCUGGACUUCGAGGGUGGCCAAACAUGACGGGCAGUGGGUUGACGGUCGCCCAAGAACGAGCACUGGCUCUGGUCCCCAAGUUCACAUCCAGUUUGUCAAUUCCAUGUGCCAUGUUCCUCAUCUAUGAAGUAUACUGCGACCACAAGAGAGGCGGAACCAACUGCAUCCAGCGAGUGCUUGUUGGGAUGAGCAUCAUUGACAUUCUUGCUUCCUCAGCUUGGUUCUUGUCCACAUGGGCUGUGCCAAAAGGGUCAUUUGCUUUUUCAGCGGGCAACAUGGCUACGUGCAACUUUCAAGGGUUCCUGCUACAACUCGCCAUUGGGGCACCACUCUACAACUCCUCCCUGGCAAUAUUCUACUUGCUCAUGGUCAAGAGGAGGUGGACCGAAGACCAACUCCAACAUCUAGAACGCUGGGUACAUGGAUUCAUCUUAUCCUUUACUAUUGGCACAUCCGUCCUCCUGCUUCUGCUUGGUCAGUACAACCACAUACAAGCGGUAUGUUGGGUCAUUGGUGAUCCGCCAGAUUGUGGAAACAGCGGCUUCCAAGCCAGUGAUAUUCCAUGUGAACGCGGUGAUCAUGCAUGGGCAUGGGGACUUGCCCUGUUCUAUGGCCCUCUGUGGGUAUGUGUUGUUGCCUGUUGUUCUUCCAUGGUGGCAUUAUGCCAAGAAGUUAAAACCACAAUUCGCAGGUCGUCACGUUACACAACGUCGUUGGGUGCUGCCCAUUCCCUCCAUAGAAGUACUAGAGACUCUUCCAAAGUGGCUACUCAAGCCAUUCUUUACUCUCUUACCUUCUUGAUCACAUGGAUGCCCUCUACUCUCUGGUCCAUUGCCCACUGGUUCAAUUGGAGUCACUAUGGCUUGGACAUUGCAGCUGCAACAGCGGAACCCCUUCAAGGGAUGUGGAAUCUCAUGAUUUUCCUUAGAACGCGUCCCAGCUCUCAAAGAAAAAUACAAAGAAUGCUGGCUUACCUAUUCCCGCGUUGCUGCGAGGCGCCAGAAGAGGAAGUCACGGAACCAUCAGAGCCAGGAUCGCGGUUGAGCUUGACCCAAUCUGUCAUGAACAUUGGGAGAGUGUUUGGGCCGCUGCGGUUACUAUCAACUAGGGUCAGUAAGCUCGACCUAAGAGACAUUCCUGAACUACAGGUCGUGGAAGCAGAAGAUCCUUGUGAAGUGUCACGGCUAGGCUUCAGCACUGUGAGUUCCGAGAUUGGAGAUAUCACCACUGGUCGAGACGGAAGCUCCAAGCACAACGACAACAAUCAAAUGCGUGUAGAAUCUGAGGCCCCACUAGAUAUUGACAUAUCGUGGAGUGAUUCUGGAGAAGCAGAUGAAACUUCCAACCAAAAAGAAGCAGCAAUCGACGAGGAUUCCAGCGGUUGCGAGCUGCGGAGGAUGGCUGUGGGUGCAGCAGACACGCACCCAAACGACGAAUCUGAAUGCGACAUACGCCAAGCGCUGAUUGAACAGCAACGCACCAAUCCACAAAACGAACAAAACGAAUCAGAGCAAAUCCAACAACAAGCCCCUGGUACUACUGCCCCAGUGGACGAUGAUGCACCAUUGGGCAACCACGUCAAUUCCCGGUCUGGUGAGAAUGAUAUGAUUCCUCGAAUCGAUCAGGAUGACGAGCUUGGCCAACCUGCCGGGCCCAAGCCGUUGCAUCAUCAACUUGAUGGGCAGGACGAACGAGAAGGGAACAUCGAGAUGGCCACACUGUCUUCGCAUGCCCCUCAGCAGGACAACCUACAGGAGCUAGAACGGGUAAAGCCCGCGCCUGAAUCGGCUACAGAAAUUGAACCAGGCACACGUCCGGAGUCCCCCACGAAAAGAAAAGUGGCUUUCCGAGACCUCCAAAUAGAUUUGCCAACAUUGGAAGGAGUCCACCCCGUGGAUUGUAACCGAGCCGAGUUCCGGAUCGCCCACUCCAGGGGCAUCUAACGACAUCCUACCUGCUAGAUCGUCCCCACAAUCAUGCUGACUCGAGGCAUGUUGCUCCAGGGUCUUCAACAACGGCUCUAGAUGCAUUGACGUGCCAGAUCUGACUGACACCUUCAUGUGGUGCAAGCUAGUCCUGGCAUCGCUUGUCCCCAGGCUGCACGAAAACGAUGCAAGGCACUACAACUCCUGAACGGUACAAUUGGAAAGCUCCAGCUAGAUACCCACAUGGAAGGGAUGGCUACAAAAACCGGUAGAGAUGAUAGAAUCAUCUCAGCAAACUUCCUAAAGGGGCCACAGCUAAAAGGCAACUGGUAGCUAGAGUCUGGCAAUAGAAAGGCUCAACCUCGCCCUGUACCGGUACCGGUCUGCAAGUAUCCUCUUCCAACCCGUCCCCAAAAACUUCUGCCCCUGGCUGCCUGGCUGAACUGCGGCACCUGAGCUGAGCUGGAGGAGGGGUAAGGCUGGUUCCCUGGGCUUGUGGACUCUCCCGACUAACCCGCCUCUCGAUGAGAUGGCGCUAAAAACUCAUUCACAAACAUCGGUCACUACUACGCGCUACUAAGUAAGGUUGUUUUGUGUUGAAUGUUCGGUGUUGCAGCACUUGUGCAGAUAUUCUUCUACUAGGCCACAUAGCAGAAGCGGAAACCACCAGCCUCCUCCUGCACGGGCGGCAAACCCCUGUCGCUGGCUCCCAAAACCAGCAUGAUCCCAUUAUACCAUGCCGCCAAAGAAAGGAACCUUGGUUCCAAGACUGUCUCCCUGAAGGAGACAGACGGUGGUUGGCGGAGUCGAACCGCUAUCAUUAAUGUGGAGAAACUGCAGCGGGCUUGGCAGCCAAUUCCAAUUCCGAUCCAAGUUCCUGAAGUGUAGGUAACAGCUUUUCGCCGAUGGCCUCUUCAUAAACUUUUAAGGCUCUGGAAAACAGAUUCCGCCAAUAGUCGCGUGAAGAUGCUAGGAUCCCCACGAUGGCCCAUCUCAAUUCCAUGAUUGAACAGAUUGCUGAGUGUAGUUGGCAGGACUAAAACUGGAUAUCCGUGCUUGAGGAGAAUCGGCUUCCAUGAGCUCCGAUGGCAACCUUUCUGUACUCCCCUGCCAUGCCAACAGCUGUGUCGACCAGCAAGCCAUUCAUAAGCCAAGAAUGAAGCUGUAGAACGAAAGUUUCACUCGAUCUGAUCGAGUGAUUGCUGUCUUGGGGUACUCUGGAGAGUUCCUGGGAGGCCAGAAUAUGAUUGGCAGCUUCUCGGAUGUCCUUUUCGCAAGAUGAGUUCAGGUAGAGUUGAGUCAGAGGACAUUCGCCGUUAUCUCGUCGAGGACACCAAGCAACGUGGAUACUUACCUGUUCCGAUCCGGGAACCCUUCGCAGAUCACGAUCAACUUUCUCUUCGCUGGAUUCCAGGAUGUGCUUCCAAUCUUUCGUUUCAAGGAUUUCUGUGAGCACGGACGUUUCGUCGAGGUUCAAGUCGUUUCCUUCGUGUGAGAGGGAGAAAUGAUUGAAUUGUAAGAGAAGCUUCUCCUGAACGCUUCUGACUGUCGCCUUUUCAAGCGGGUGGUGCUUCUUCGGCUCUUUCACAGCUUCGUCAAUGACGAUGCAAAGGUCCUUAGUAGAAAUUCCAUGAGCCCGACUGACGAGGGUGUACUCGCCGGGUUCCAAGAGCGAAAAGUCCGGCGGAUACAAAACGCUACUUUCUGUCUUUUUGAUCCCAGCAAAAUCUCGGUACAGAGAAUGGUUGUGCGAGGUGUGAAUGUCGUCCCAAAACUCAUUGACAGUGUCAGAACAUACAAGAGAUUCAUUGACAGUGUCAGAACAUACAAGAGAUUCUUUGCCCUGGUGUAGCCGGACGGUGCAUUUGAAUGGCUUUGCACUUUGCUUGAGGUCGUAUUCCUCCACUUGCUCCUUCCACGACUUCGACGAUCGGUCGUCAGGCGACCGAAGAGGGCAACGAAUGGGGAGAUGUUCGCCUCCACACUGGCGACAGCGGACUCGCGGGGUUGCCUUUCUUGGUGGUGUGAUUAAGUCGCUCAUUGCAGCAAACUCCAUUUGGUUUCAAUGUUGUGUUUCGUUGUGUUUCUCUUCGUCUCUCGUGUUUUGUGUUGCUUCAUCAUUUGGGGUUUUUUCGGCGGGUUUCGCUUGCCUGUGAGUGAGGGUGUAGGACUUUGGAAGUUUAUGAGCGUUUUUGUGUCGCCGAUCGUGUGGUUGGAUUACACAAGGCCAAAUGUUUGGGUUACACAGGGCUAAACGAAUUACUGGGCGCUUUCAGAAAGGUGGUUGAUUUGUUUGGCACCCGAAUAGAACUCACUGGGCAUAUUUAAAUUUAACCGCCCAACGCACCUCAACUGAACAGGAACCCGGAAAUCCAAAUCGAUUGCCUACCCUCGUUGCCUUACGGUGGAGGCAUCAGAUUUGAGAGAAAUUUAAUUAUGAUCAUCCAGAUUACUUAAGGGCCCAUGUGAUGUCGU